GGAAACGGGAAAAUGGGCAACCGGGGAGCGGGAAAACCGUAAGAACUGGAGAACCGGGAGACGCAGAAACCGAGAAACGGGAACACAGGGGACGGGAAAACCGUGGGCAUCGGGGAACCGGGAAGCCACAGGAUCGGGGAAACGGGAAACCAGGGCACCCGGGAGUCGUGGGAACCGUGGAGUGGUGGGCACGGGAAAACCGGGGGCACCGGGAAAGGGUUAAGCGUGGGCACUGGAGAGCUGCAACACUAGGAACAUGGGGAAACAGGUAACCAGAGAGCGGGAAAACCGGGCACCGGGGAGAGGGAAAACAGUGGGCACCGGGGAGCCAGGAGCAUCGGGAGUCACAGCACCGGGGAAGCGGGAAGCCAUGAGCAUCGGGAAACGGUGUGGACUUCAAGAUGAAGACCAUCGAGGUGGAUGGGAUCAAGGUGCGGAUACAGAUCUGGGACACAGCUGGCCAGGAGCGGUACCAGACCAUCACCAAGCAGUACUACCGGCGGGCACAGGGCAUUUUCCUGGUGUACGACAUCAGCAGCGAGCGCUCCUACCAGCACAUCGUGAAGUGGGCCAGCGACGUGGAUGAGUACGCACCCGAUGGCGUCCAGAAAAUCCUCAUCGGGAACAAGGCAGACAAGGAGCACAAGAGGCAAGUGCCCAAAGAGCAAGGGCUGCAGCUGGCCAGGGAAUACGGGAUGGAUUUCUACGAGACCAGUGCCUGCAGCAACCUCAACAUCAAGGAGUCCUUCACACGGCUGACGGAGCUGGUGCUGCAGGCGCACCGCAAGGAGCUGGACGAGCUGCGGGGGCUGCCCCGCGCCCCCACCCUGGUCCGGCUGGAGGAGGACGAGCAGCAGCCCCUGGGGAGCGAGGACACCCCCAAAACCUGCUGGUGUUGAAGGCUGGGACCCCCUGACCCCUCCUCCCCAGGCUGUGUCAGGGGCCGUGGUAGGGGCAGGACUGAGGCAGCCCCCAUAGAGUGGGGGGGCAACAUGGGACACCCCCAGGGACAGGGAACGUGGCAAGGCGGGCCCCCCAUCCUGGACCUGUGCCCUCCUCGGCUUGCGGGUGGGGUGGGGGCUGUCCAGGCACUGUGUGCCCACCCUGUGCCUGCCCGUGGGACCCCCGGUUUUACACAGUGGUUUGCAGAAUAAAGGUGAUGCUGGA